UGCAGAAAAUUGGAGUAUUUAAAUCUUCUGAUUCAGAAACUGGAAAGAACCAUUCCAAAGAUUUCCUAGAAGGAAUUUAUCAGUUUCUGAAGCAUAAUGGAGUCGGCUCGAGAACUCCAACUCCAAACUAGAGGAGUUGGGGAAGACAGAGAGCCAAACCCACAUCCGGAUUCCUCUGCCAACAAUCAGUUGCCAGGUCCAGUAUCCAAACACUACCGGUGGUGGAUUUGGGUUUCUCUCUUCACCCUCUUUUCUCUUUCCGGCCAAUCGGCAGCCACCCUUCUAGGAAGACUAUACUAUGACCAAGGUGGAAAUAGCAAAUGGAUGGCAACAUUUGUUCAAUCAGCCGGCUUCCCUAUCCUAAUCCCACUCCUAUUUUUCUUCUCACCUCAACCACCAUCCAAUUCCACAACCACUUCCCCAAUUAAACCGCCACCAAUCUUCACUCUCCUCCUCCUCUACCUCUUCUUCGGCUUGCUAUUGACCGGUGACAACCUCAUGUACUCCUAUGGUCUCCUCUACCUCCCUGUCUCCACCUAUUCCCUCUUAUGCGCCACCCAACUAGCCUUCAACGCGCUUUUUUCUUCCUUCCUCAAUUCCCAAAAGUUCACCGCUUUAAUUCUCAACUCUAUAGUCCUCCUCACCAUCUCAGCAUCCCUUCUAGCAGUCCACUCGGAUUUGGACAGUGAUACGAAUAUUGCAAAAGGGAAGUACAUAAUAGGAUUUUUAUGCACUUUGGGCGCGUCUGCCACUUAUUCCUUGUACCUUUCCCUAGUUCAACUCUCUUUUGAGAAAAUAAUUAGGAGGGAGACAUUUAGAACAGUGUUGGACAUGCAAAUAUACCCAUCACUUGUUCCAACAUGUGGUUGUGUGGUAGGGCUUUUCGCUAGCAGAGAGUGGAAGGGAUUGAGUGGGGAGAUGGAGGAGUACCAAAAGGGGAAAGUUUCCUAUUUGAUGACUUUGAUUUGGACCGCGAUAACUUGGCAAAUUUCGUCGAUAGGGUUGCUUCGUUUAAUUUUCGAGGUGUCUUCUCUGUUUUCCAAUGUGGUUAGUACUUUGGCUUUGCCUGUUGUUCCGAUUCUGGCCGUUUUAUGUUUCCAUGACAAGUUGGAUGGUGUGAAGGUGAUUGCCAUGGUAUUGGCUAUAUGGGGAUUUCUUUCUUACAUCUACCAACAUUAUCUUGAUGACUCUAAAUCUAAGCCAGCUGCAACAAGUGGAAAUGCGACUUCUGGUUCUGAUAUAGAGCUUUGUUGA